AUGGCCAACAUCCCAGCUGCCAUUGAAGCGGCCGAUGCUGCGGGUCGCAUCCCCGCGGGGAUCAGCCUGGAAUACCUCGCCCAGUCGCGCGAUCGCCCGGUCAAGAUCGCCAUCAUCUUCGUCUGCGCCUUGACCACACUCGUGGUCAUCGCGAGAUGCUAUGCCCGCAUCUUCUUUCUAAAGCGAUUUGGCAUGGACGACUCCCUGGCCGUCUUCACUCUGCUGCUGUACAUCACCGUGGUCGUGCUGUCCAUGGUCCUCAUUGAUCUGGGCAGCGGCCGUCAUAUCGAGUACAUCGAGUACGUCCUCUCAUUGUCCCAGGUCAAGGAGACAGAGGUCCUGGACUUCGUCAUGCACAUCUUGUACACGACCGCACUGUUCAUCUGCCGCCUGUCCGGUCUGGCCUUCUACCAUCGGUUGGCGGCGCGACACGACAAACUUUCCCUGGCCAUCAAGCUUGCCUCCAUCUUCCUCGUGCUCGCCUUCCUAACCCAGUUCUUCCUGCUGCUCUUCCACUGCUUACCGGUCACGGGGCUCUGGCCGUAUGAAUGGCAAGCCGGGGCGAGCCAGUUCAAAUGUCUGAGCUGGGGCGACGUUUACUCGGUCAAUUCGGGGUUAUCCUUAGUCUGCGAUCUGAUCAUGUUGGUUCUGCCGUCCAUGUUGAUCUACAUGCUGCAUGUGUCGCGGCAACGGAAAUUCCAGCUGUCACUGAUCAUGUUUCCGGGUGUUCUAGUCCUCGCCAUCUCCUGCGCGCGCAUCUACCUGGUGGCGGUGGGCCAAUGGUCGUCGGACGGCAGCUGGGCCUACGAUCCGAUGCUGGCGGUCGAGACCUCCGAGAUCGGAAGCACGUUGAUUGCCCUCUCCAUCCCCGCCCUGAAGUCCCUCUUCGGCUCCUACUUCAACCACCUCAAGGCCUCCUCCUCCGGCGGCGCCACCUCGUCCAACAAGCGAUCCAGUCGGUUCCACCGCGGGUACGGCCGCACCUGGGAGGGGCAUAUGGAGUUGAAUAGCCUGGGCCAGGCAGCGGCCGAGGCGGGGUCAUAUCACGUCGACGUGCAGACGGGCAAGGGGGCGAUCGCCACCCCGGAGUCAACCUCGCUGGGUGGGCCACGCACGGGGAACGACAGCUCCUCAGAGGACUUGCUG